AUGGCGUUGAGGGUCAUGUUACAAUCAUACGAGAGCAAAGCUAUCAGCCAAUUGUCAACCAAGAAUGAGCGAGGAGUCAACGUGGCGGUAGGGGCGGUGCGUCCUCAAAAUAGCCUUGCUCAGUGGAUUCUUCUUGUAGAGGAAACACAUUCCGAAUCCUUCGCUCCCAUUCUUCGGCUACGAAAGAUUAUCCUCGCGUGCGUGUUUGGUACAGCUGGCGCAAUUAUCCUCAUCGUCCCUAUCUUAACUCACUGGGCGGUUGCUCCUAUCCGAAGAUUGCGUGAGGCCGCGAAGAAGUCGGUCGAGCCUGAGAUGGCGCCACCGCCUGCUCCCCGCGACCCACAGAGGACAUAUCCAGGCAUGGACGAUGGACUGGGGGAUCCGGUUGAGCAAAUCGAAGAACACAUGAGCGAGAAGGGGCCUCCCUCCACGUGGAUGAAGCGUCUCUGGAAUCCCCUGGGGAGGCUGAACAGUGCCGCCAGCGUUGGCAACCCCCCAAACUCUCGCAGCUUUCAGAUACCUGGGAGGAUCAAGGAACGGAACCAUUGUGUGACGGAUGAACUCACAGAGCUUACCAAAACAUUCAACGAAAUGUCAGACGAAUUAACAAUUCAGUACAAUCGACUGGAAGAGCGAGUGGCUGAGCGGACCCGAGAGCUUGAAAAGGCCAAACUGGCAGCAGAGACAGCCAACGAGAGCAAAACAUUGUUCAUCGCCAACAUUUCUCAUGAGCUCAAGACUCCUCUCAAUGGAAUCCUUGGCAUGUGUGCAGUGUGUAUGGGCGAGGAGGACCUUUCUCGAAUCAAAAAGUCUCUGCAGGUGGUCUAUCAAUCAGGGGAUCUCCUUUUGCACCUUUUGAAUGAUUUACUCACCUUCAGCAAAAACCAAAUCGAUCAAGCAAUUCAGAUUGAAGAAAAGGAAUUUAAGUUAUCCGACAUCCGAUCACAAUUGGCCAUUAUCUUCCAGAAUCAAGUGCAUGAGAAGCAUAUCGACUUCAGUGUUAACUUUGUCUCCGGUGGAAUCACCGAGUCUAAGGGCACCGUUUGCCGUGAAAGAUCAUUUGAGCAAACUAGUCUAGCUUUCGGCCUGCCUGCACCCGGCCGACUCGCAGAUAUGGUUCUAUGGGGUGACCAGCAUCGAAUCCUUCAGGUGCUCAUCAAUUUGGUCAGCAACAGCCUCAAGUUCACGCCUGAGCAUGGAAAAGUGGAAGUCCAUAUCCGUUGUAUUGAUGAUUCUCCCAGCAAUGAGCCGGUAACUAUCAAUGAUCGAACUCGACGUAACUCAAGAUUCCGGCCCCCGACGGCCUCGAGUGCAACCUCAUCCAUUGGUCCCAGGGCUCACGCAAAUGAUGUCCAACCCGAGGGCCAGAACACGAUGAAACCCAAUCUCCGCCAGGUGAAUUUUGAAUUUGAAGUUCAUGAUAAUGGACCGGGUAUUCCUGCACAUUUGCAUCGACGUAUAUUUGAUCCUUUUGUUCAAGGUGAUCUCGGAUUGAAUCGGAAGUAUGGAGGAACUGGCCUGGGCUUGAGCAUUUGUGCUCAGUUGUCCCGCAUCAUGGGUGGUGUUAUUCUUCUUAAUAGCGAGGAGGGCAAAGGAUCUCUCUUCACACUCAAAAUUCCCCUUGGAUUUGUGAGAGAGCUCUCCCCUAGCACACAUACAUCAAGCAUUCCAGGAUCCCGGACCCCCAGCGUCCUGUCUCUGGAAGACUUUUCCAACACUGCGCGAACACCCUCCAAUCAUGGGUCAGUGCGAAAUGAACCUCAUGCACCUGGCUUUGAGAAGUCGGAGAUCCAACCACGCCUGGUCGGACUAAGUCAACCAUUUUUCGCACCGGCUAUGCUUUCAUCUCCUGCACCGCCGCUAUCAACAAACCUUCCGUCAAAUCAAACUACCGCAGAGAAUGGCGAUGGAUCAAAAAGGAUUCGUGUUUUGGUUGCCGAGGACAACACUGUUAAUCAAGAAGUCGUUCGACGCAUGCUUGCCUUGGAGGAAGUUUAUGAUGUAACAAUUGUGAAGGAUGGCCAGGAGGCAUAUGACACCGUCAAGUCGAACAUGGAAAAAGGCAAAGUCUUUGACCUUAUAUUUAUGGACAUUCAGAUGCCUAUUCUCGAUGGACUCGAAAGUACGCGACUGAUACGGCAGAUGGGAUAUUCUGCACCCAUUAUCGCACUAAGCGCCUUUGCGGAAGAGAGCAACAUCAAAGACUGCAUGGACUCUGGCAUGGAUAUGUUCAUAAGCAAACCAAUUCGAAGACCUGCUUUGAAGCAGGUUCUAAGCAAAUUUUCUACAAUCAUGGAGGAGAACGAGACGGCCUGAUAAUGACAAUUGUACAUCACAUCGGCGGGAGGAAGAAUAUGUAACUAACCGCCAAAUAUUAACGAGAGAUUCACUCUGACAGUGGGCCAUUGG